AUGGCGUCGCGGCCGCCCGGCGAGGCCGGCGUGGCCGGCGUGGCCGGCGAGGCCGGCGAGGCCGGCGCCGCCGGCGAGGCCGGCGAGGCCGGCGCGGCCGGCGCGGCCGGCGCCGCUGCGCCGCCCGCCGCCGCGCCCUUCGCCGCCGACGCGUCGGCGCUGGCCACGGCCGCCGCCUACGCCGCCGCGCGGCGGGGCGCGCGGUCCGGCGGGCCCGGCGGCGCGGGCCGCGCGCUCGAGCCGCUCCACGUCGGCGACGUCGUCUACAUCCGCGACGACGGCGGCGCGGACCGGGCCUACCUCAGCGCGGACGCGCUCGGCCGCGACGUCGUCUUCCGCACGACGACGCGCGGCCGCGCCGCGCCGGACGACUUCCGCCAGAGCCUCUGGCGCGUCGCGCCGCGCCUCGCGUACGACGCGCAGGCCGAGGAGGCGCGGCUCGUCGCGGCGCUCCGCGGCCGCGCCGCCGCGGGCGAGGCCGCCGCGCGCGACGCGCUCGGCGCGCUCGGCCUCGCCGUCGCCGGCGGCGCGCCCGACGAGUACGGCGACGGGCCCGGCGCCGCGGCCGCGGCCGCGGACGCCGCGGCCGCGCCGGCGGCCGCGGCGCGCGACGCGCGGCGCCGCGCGGCGCUCGAGCGCGCGGCGAACGCGCGGACGCUCGCCGCCGUCGCCGCCGGCGCGCUGCGGACGCCCGUCGUCUACGGCGCGCCCGUGCAGCUCCAGCACGUGCUCACGGGCCACUUCCUCUGCGGCGAGGACGAGCCGGCGGACGUCGAGGACGGCGCGUUCCGCCUCUCGCUCCGGCCGCCGCGCCGCGCGUGCGCGGCCUGCGCCAUCGCCAUCCGGCCGGGCUUCCGCGCGCGCGGCGACGGCACGCCCGUCUACGUCGGCGACGAGCCGCGGUUCACCGUCCCCGCGCUCACGCUCAACGCGGCGCACCCGGCGACGCUCCGGAGGAGCGGGGCCGCGCUGCCCGCGGAGCCGCCCCGGGGCGGGCGGCGCCUCGAGGCGAACCUCGCGCUCGACGCCGUCCCGGACCCGCGCUUCUUCCUGGGCAAGUUCGCGGAGCGCGCGCCGAGCGACGCCGGCGACGAGGUCGACGUCGGCCAGCACGUCCGCCUCAUGCACCGCGAGGACGACUCCCUCCUCGUCGCGUCGGCGAACAGCGGGGCGAAGCAGCGCGCCGCGCGCGCGGCCGAGGCCGCGGGCGAGCGGUGCGACGCGCGCCGCGGCGAGCCCUACCUGCGCCACAUGUCGCGGAAGAAGGACUCGCCGGGCAAGGGCCUCUGGCUCUUCGAGCUCGAGGACCCGACGCGCGGCGGGCCCCUCCUCCACGGCGCGCGCGUCCGGCUCCGCCACGCGUGCAGCGGCCUCUACCUCGCCGUGCGCUACGCGGCGGACCCGGCGGCCGAGCCGUCGCGGCCCGAGCUCGUGAGCCUCGGCGCGGGGCGCGACGCGCGCGCGCGGAGCCUCUUCGGCCUCCGGUCCGUCAAGGACGCGCGCGGCGGCGCCGUGCCCGCCUGUGUGCCCGCGGCGGGCUACGCGUGCCUCGUGACGCACGAGAUCCGCGGCGCGCGCGGCGCGCGCGGGCCGACGCUCUGCCUCCGCGCGGGCGGCGGCAAGCCGGGCAAGGCGCACUCGGCGCGCGUCGUCUUCUGCCCCCGGGCGUCGAUCAUGGGCGCGAUGGAGGUCCACGUCGCCGUCGGCGACGAGGCGGACCGGCUCCAGGUCCUCCUCGCCGCGCGCGAGGCCGUGCGCCGCCACGCGCGGCUCGUCGCGGACGUCGGCGCGUCGGCGCCGUCGCCGCGGACGGCGCGCGCGCCGGCGCUCGCGACGCGCCACGCGCGCGCGCGGCUCCGCGCGACCGAGUACGCGCUCGUCCACGUCGUCUACUGCCUCGUGCGCGGCGAGGCGCUCGACGGCGACGGCCGCUCCGCGGCCACGGCGCUCGCGCUCGAGGGCCCGCCCCACGGCGACGCGCAGUCGCUCGCGCGCGAGGUCAAGCUCCUCGACGCGCUCGUCGCGCUCGUGCCCGCGGCGGGCGUGCGCCUCGACCUCGACGCGUCGACGGGCGAGGCCGUCGACCCGCGCUUCGGGUACCUCGUCGCCGCGCACCGCCUCGCGUACGCGGCGCUCACGCGCGCGGUGCUCGCGCAUGCGCGCAACGAGGACGUCUUCGUCGCGGGCCGGCUCCCGGGCGGCGGGCCCGGCUGGCUCGACGUCGUCAUCUCGCAGAUCGUCCAGCCCGUCGGCGCGCCCGAGCUCCUCACGUGCCUCGUGUCGAACAACGUGCGGCUCAUCUCGCGCAUCGUCGACGCGGCCAUGGUCCGGCGCUUCGCGGGCUUCGUCGCGGCCUACGGCCCGCGCGCGGACCUGCUCGGCUUCCUCGCGGCGACGUGCGCGAGCGACGGCCGCGCCGUGCCGGCGAUCCAGGAGCUCGUCUUCGCCCAGGUCGUCGCGGACCCGCGCGUCAAGGCCGCGCUCCUCCUCGAGACGUCGAACGACGUCGGCGGCGCCGCGGCGCGGCGGCCGUGGCCGCUCGCGCGCGCGCCGCCGGCGAGCGGCAGGCCCUUCCUCGCGGCGGCGCAGCUCGAGGCGGGCUUCCGGCCGAUCCACGUCCGGUGGCGGAGCGAGGCCGGCUGGGCGCCCGGGCGCGGCGCGCUCUUCCACGGGCCGGCCGCGCUGGGCCUCGAGUCGGACGGCCACGGCUGGGUCCUGCUCCGGGACCUCGCCGUCUACCUCGACGACGCGGCAUACGCGCGGGCCGUCGGGUCCUACGGCGCGGACCCCGGCGACGUCGCGCGCGCGAUGCGGCUCCGGCAGCUCGCGGCCUACUACGUCGGCCAGGUCGAGCUCCUCGCGGAGCUCUGCCGCGACCGGUCCUACAACGCCAUCGCGGCCCUCGAGGCCGAGUACACCUUCGGCAUGUGCCUCUGGGCCGUCGUCAACGGCGGCUUCCCGGGCCGGCUCCGCGCGGCGUUCGCGACGCUCCUCCUGCACCUCCACGUCGUCAAGUACCCGCACCAGCGGCGCUGCGGCCAGGCCGUCCUGCCGCAGCGCGCGUGGGUCGCGGAGCGCCUCGUCGCGCGCGGCGACGCGUUCGACGUCGUCGCCCGCUUCGACCCGGCGGUCACGUUCCCGGACGCGGACGUCGGCGCCGUCGCGUUCAGCGCGGACAAGUUCCACCUGCUCAAGGUCUUCGUCGCGCACUACCUCGACGACGGCGCGACCCAGGUCAUGGUCGCCGACGAGCCGAGCCGGACGCUCGUGACGCUCAAGAUCCUCAACGUCGUCGAGGCGCUCGUCGAUUUCGGCUUCUACUCGAACGCGGCGGACCUCCGCGCGCUCCUCGUGCCCCUCUUCCGCGUCCUCGACGGCGGCACGGACCUCCGGAGCCGGAGCGCGCCGCCGCGCGCCGCCGGCGCGCCGCCGCCGACCUUCGGCCUCGCGCGCGACGGCGGGCCGGGCGCGGCGCUGCUCCUCGAGGCGAAGACGUGCAUCGUCCGCGUGCUCGGCGCGGUCUGGGACGUGCUGGGCCAGUGCGUCGUCCACAGCGCGCUCACGGCCUUCCGCGAGCUCCGCGACGCAUCGCCCGCGGGCGGCGGCGCCGCGGCGCCGCCGCGGGCCGCGGCGGCGAAGCCCGCGCGCGGCGCGCGCGUCGCGCCCGCCGCGCGCGGGGCCCCGGACGCGGCGCGCGUCGCCGCGCGGUUCCUCGGCCUCUUCGACGGCGGCGGCGCCGUCGCGGGCUGCGACGUCGUCGCCCUCUGCGGCGUCGGCGACGGCGAGAUGGACGCCGCGCUCCGGUUCCUGAGCCACCACGAGGACGACGACCUGCUCCGCGAGGUGCUGGCCUUCGGGAAGCGGCUCCGGUGCCCGCGGGCCUGGCUCCUCGACGUCCUGCGCCACUGCGUGCUCAUCGACGCGGGCGAGGCCGCGCACGUCCACGCGUACCUCGCCGCGCGCGCGCCGGGCCGCGCCGUCGCCGCCGCGGACGCGGUGCCGCGCCUCGCGUCGAUGGCCUGCGAGCUCGGCGAGCUCGCGAACCGCGGCGAGGUCUGGCUCCGCGCCGGCGCCGCCGGCGACGGCCAGUACGCGCGCGUCGUCGCCAUCCUCGGCGCGUUCGGGGACCUGCUCUCGCCGUCGGGCGGCGCGGCGCUCGCCGCGCGGCACCAGGCCAUCUUCCUCAAGAUCGGCCUCGAGAAGCCGCUCCUGGCCUGCCUCCUCAACGACGACGUGCCCGCCGGCGACGACGCCCACUUCGCGGCGUCCUUCGGGCGCCUCGUCGACUUCCGCGCGCGCCUCGCGGACGUCAUCGGCCGCUUCCUCGUGCAGCACCCGGCGGCCCAGGAGCUCAUGGUGCCGGCCAUCGUGGACCUCCACGGCCCGCGGGGGGCCGGCGGCGUCGGGGCCAUCGCGCUCCGCUACGUCCAGCUCGGCAAGCUCGUCGCCGCGGGCUUCGGCGCGAACGUCGCGCUCGCGGAGUCGCUCGGCCGCGACGUCUUCCGCUCGCUCGUCGACCGGCUCGCGGACCACCUCGACGGCGACGGCGACGGCGACGGCGACGGCGGCGACGGCGGCGACGACGACGACCACCGGGACCACCUCGAGCACGUCGCCGCGCCGCCGCGCGCGGCCGCGCGCGGCGCGCUCGCGCGGCGGUCGUCGACGCGGCUCCUCGGCGGCGCGGCCGCCGCGCCCGCGCCCGCGACGCGGCGCGGCCUCGUCGACGCCUGCGUCCAGUCGCGCCACGGCCGCGCGGGCGCGGCCUUCGCGCUCGCGAACGCGCUCGCCGUCCUCGUGCACCCGGGCCCCUCGGCCGUCGACGUGUGCCGGCGGAACCAGGACUCGCUCCACGAGCACGUCCUCGCGCGGCUCGCCGCGCUGCCGCGGCUCCGCGCGCGCGUCGCCGUCGCGGACGCGCCCGCGGCCCUCGGCCUCUACGCAACCGAGGGCGCGCCGGCGCUCGUCCACGCCGCGCUCCUGAACCUGCUCGCGGCGGGCUGCGGCUGCCACAACGUGCCCAACGCCGUCGCCGUGGUCGCGGUCGUGCCCUGGCGCCAGACGCUCUGGGGCCUGCUCUACGGGCCGGACUGCGUCGUCCGCGCGUACCUCCGCGUGCUCGCGGCGACGCACUUCGACGCGGGCGAGCAGCACGCGCACUUCCUGGACCUCCACGACGACGUGCUCUGGGCCGUCGUGCUCCGCGUCGCCGCGCUCGCGCUGCCGCCGGCGCAGCGGGCGCCCUUCGUCGCCGCGUGCGACGCGCGGGGCCGGGGCCUCGCCUGGCUCGAGGCCGCCGUCGGCGCGCGCGCCGCGCGCGGCGACGCGGCCGCGGCGCUCGGCCGCGACGGCGGCGCCGACGGCCUCGGCGCGGCGUUCCGCACGGCGUCGGGCACGCUCGCGGCCGCGCUCGACGGCUGGCCCGCGCACCUGCGCGCGGGCGCCGCGGCCGCGGCGCCCGCGCCGACGGCGGCGCUCGCGGCGGCCGCGCUCGAGGGCUUCCUCCGGCGCUUCCUGUCCGCGCGCGAGUACCGCGACGCGCGGCUCCGCGACCUCCAGCUCAUGAUCCACCCGGCGUCGGCGCGGUGCUUCGCCGACGCGCUCGGCCGCGCGGACGCCGCGGGCGUCGUCGACGGCCGCGCGCGCGCGCGAGCGCGCGAGGUCCUCGCGCUCGCGCUCGGCGGGGCGGCACAAGAGAGCGAACUUCUCAACGCGCUCGGCGCGUCGCCGCAGAGCGGCGACCUGCUCCGCGUCGACGCGUCCUUCGCGGCGCCCAUGGACCGGUUCCGCGGCGCCGCGGCGCCCGGCGAGGCGCCCCGGGACGGCGCCGGCGGCGGCGCCCCGGCGACCUGCGGCGCCUACGCGGCGCUCGUCGCGCGCGACCGCGCCGCGCGCGCGGCCGUCGACGGCGUGACCGCGUUCGCGGCGGACGCGGCCGGCGGCGCGGGCGGUGACGCCUGGGCGGCGCUCCUGCGGCGCUUCGUCGGCUUCGCGUCCGCGCGGCUCGGCGGCGCCGUGCCCGCGCGGCCCGGCGGCGCCGCGCGGCGCGACGCCGAGGCGGUCGCGGAGACGUUCGACGUGCUCGCGGCGGUGCUCGACCGGCGGCGCCGCGUCGUCUGGGCGACGCGCGAGGAGGCCGUCCGCGCCGUCGCCGACGAGGAGCGCGCGGCGGCCCUCGCCGCGGAGCGCGAGCGCCGCGCGGCCGCGGAGCGCGUCAACCGCGUGCUCCGCUUCGUCAACGACCCGCGCGUCGAGGCCGCGGUCCUCGCGAUCAUCGUCGCCGCGCUCGUCGUCGACGUCGUGCCCGGCCUCGCGCCGCGGCGCCGGUCCCAGAGGCUGGGGCUGUCCGCGUUCCUCUGCGCGCUCUUCUUCGGCGAGCUCGCGCUCCGCGUCGCCGCGCACGCCGCGUCCGCGGGCGGCCUCCGGGCGGGCGCGCGCGUCUGCUUCCGCGCGCCGAUCCGCUACGUGGACCUCGCGUGCCUCGUCCUCGAGGCGAUCACCCUCGCGCGCUUCGUCCUCGGCGGCGACUCCGGCGGCCACGGCGUCCGCGGCGCCGCGUUCCGCCUCGUCCGCGGCUUCAAGUUCCUCAAAUUCAUGAAGGCCGCGCGCUUCUACCGGUCCGCGUACGUCCGGGGCAAGGUGGCCCACUUCGAGACGUUCGUGCGCACGGCCUUCUUCGUCGACGACGUCAUCCGCGAGCACCGGCUCCACCUCGAGCGCGCGGCCGCGCUCGCGACGAACAGGGCAGGACAAGAGAGCGAAAUUCCCAACUUCAAAGGCUCCGAUCUCGGCCGUUUUCCACUCGCGACGAACCAGCGGCUCUACCGGUCCGCGCAGCGCGCCGUCGUCGAGACGCGCCGCGCGCGCGUGCUCGUCGACGUGCUCAGCCUCUGGCCCUGCGACCCGCGGCUCCGCGGGGCCGCGCUCCGGCUCUGCUGCGCCGUCCUCGACGACUCGAACCACGCGACGCAGGCGUGGUUCGUCGCGCGCGUCGCGCGCGGCGAGGUCCUCAUGGUCGCGGCCGCGGAGCUCCGCGGCGUCGCCAAGGCGCUCGAGCGCCACCACCGGCGCGCGCAGGCGGGCGUCGCGCCGCCCCUCGCGGCCGCGCCGCUCGCCGACGCCGUCUGGACCGUCCGGCUCCUCACGCGGCUCCUCGCGGGCCAGAACGCGCCGAUGCAGCGCUGCAUCCGCGCGCAGACGGGGCUCACCAAGGCCGUGAACAUGCUCCGGGAGCUCGAGGACCUGCUCGCGGUCCUCGCGCACCCGCCGCCGGCGCGGACCACGGCGCUCGAGAAGCACCUCGUCUGCGAGGUCGUCGACUGCCUCCGGGCCGCGAUGGUCGGCAUGCGCGUCGAGAACCAGGACGCGCUCGCGCGGUCCGCGGUGCCCGGGAUCCUCGGCGGCCUCCUCGCGGCGGACCUCGGCGCGCUCGCGGCCGCGCCGCGCGCGCCCGCGCGCGGCGGCGGCGACGCGGCGGCGCUCGGCGGGCCGCGCGAGCGCGAAGCCGUCGCGUGGUCGCUCCGGCGGUCGUGCGUCGCGUGCCUCGACGCGAUGGUCGAGGGCCGCGAGCCCGCGUGCCCCACGCGCGCGCUCCUCGCGGCCCGGGUCGACGACCGCGCGCUCGCCGCCGCGCUCGCCGAGUGCGCGGCGCGCCACGUCGCGUCGCCGCCGCCGCGGUGCACGCCGCCCUACGACUUCCUCGCGGACCGCGACGAGGUCGACGUCGAGCACGAGAUCGACCACGUCGUCGGCGACCUCAUC